GUUAGCCCAACCGGCUCAGUUUGGUAACGUGGAAAACCUAAAGCCUUAGCCUGUUCUGGAUAACGAAGGGAAAGACCCACGGUGCUCGCAGAGUCGAGCCAACCUUGCAACGCACUCUUCAUCGAUGAUUCGCCGAUUUUGCUGUUUACAGAGCGCUACUUCGCCUCCCUCUCUCUCCCUCUCUACCAAGAAGAAGUCCCUUGUCCUUUUGGGUUCCCCGCAGGUCUCAGCAACUGUCCUUGAUGCCCUUCUCAACGCUUCUAGUGCAUCAGAUUCUUUAUUUGAGGUUGCAGCUAUUGUUACCCAGCCACCUGCUAGAAGGGAUAGGGGGAAAAAGCUGCUGCCUUCCCCAUUGGCAAAAUAUGCUCUUGAUAGAGGUUUCUCCUCUGAUUUUAUAUUCACACCUGAACGGGCUGGGGAGGACAAUUUCUUGUCAAACUUGAAAGUUUUGCAACCAGACUUAUGCAUUACUGCAGCAUAUGGGAAUAUACUGCCCAGCAAGUUUCUAAACAUACCACCAUUGGGAACAGUCAAUAUCCAUCCUAGCCUGUUGCCAUUGUACCGAGGUGCUGCACCUGUUCAAAGGGCAUUACAGGAUGGUGUCAAAGAAACAGGAGUGUCAUUAGCAUUCACUGUUCGUGAACUUGAUGCUGGACCAAUCAUUGCUAAUGAACGGUUUGAAGUCGAUGAUCAAAUUAAGACAUCUUUGCAGGCGCCUGAUUUGCUUUCUCAGCUGUUUUUUGAAGGAUCAAAACUUCUUGUCCGUGAACUUGCUUCCAUAUUUGAUGGAUCUGCAAGGGUGAAAGCUCAACCUCAAGAUCACAAUAAGGCUACAUUGGCUCCAAAGAUAAAUCCAGAGGAGUCUUGGUUAUCCUUUGAUCAAGAAGCACUAGUUCUACAUAAUAAGGUUCGUGCUUUUGCAGGGUGGCCAGGAACUCGAGCAAAGGUGUUAGUUGAGAAAAAUGGGGAGCAGAAAACACUGGAACUUAAAAUUAUAACCACACGAGUUGGUAUUCACAGAAGUGUACUUCCCAAAGAAGGAGAUGAUAUUACAUUUGCCAAGGAUGCAUUGGUGUUUCCUUGUGCUGAGGGCACAGCACUGGAGGUAUUAGAAGUUCAGCUUCCAGGGAAAAAGGUGGUAAAGGCAGAUGCUUUCUGGAAUGGAUUACGGGGACAGAAAUUGAAGAGAUUAAAAGAGGCCAUCUAAUCGUAACACAGAGGGAAGAUUUUAAUAUAGUUCUCCAGCUGUUUAAGAAAUCAAUUCUUUUGAGUUUUACUUGAUUCAAGGUUUUUGUUAUCUUUACUAAUUUUGUAUGAUUCAAAUGCUGUUACUAUUUUUUCAAUAGCCAUCAAUGAACCAUGAGUUUUUCUCAGGGGAUUUACUUUUAUUA